AUGUCACAGAGUCGACCUGGCCUGUUCCCAAGUUUGCGCAUGGGUGAGGUCAUUCGAGAAAAGGUCCAAGAUGGCCUAACGGGUGAGGCCAAGGAGAUCUCGUACACCCAGUGCAAGAUCGUGGGCAAUGGAUCGUUUGGCGUGGUAUUCCAGACGAAGAUGGCCCCUAGCGGCGAGGACGCGGCCAUCAAGAGAGUGCUUCAGGAUAAGCGGUUCAAGAACCGUGAACUUCAGAUCAUGCGCAUCGUGCGUCAUCCUAAUAUCGUGGAAUUGAAGGCCUUCUAUUAUUCCAACGGCGAUAGAAAAGAUGAAGUGUACCUCAACUUAGUGCUCGAAUACGUGCCGGAAACAGUGUAUCGUGCAUCGCGCUACUUCAACAAGCUGAAGACCACCAUGCCAAUGCUCGAGGUCAAGCUCUACAUCUAUCAGUUAUUCAGAUCGCUGGCCUACAUUCACUCCCAAGGAAUCUGUCACCGCGAUAUCAAGCCCCAGAACCUUCUCCUGGACCCCAGCACGGGGAUCCUCAAGCUCUGUGACUUUGGUUCCGCUAAAAUCCUCAUUGAGAAUGAACCCAAUGUGUCCUACAUUUGCUCUCGCUACUACCGAGCCCCCGAAUUGAUCUUCGGAGCCACCAACUACACCACCAAAAUCGACGUCUGGUCGACUGGUUGUGUUAUGGCGGAAUUGAUGCUGGGACAACCCCUCUUCCCCGGCGAGUCAGGUAUUGACCAACUGGUCGAAAUCAUCAAGGUUCUUGGCACUCCGACUCGCGAGCAGAUUCGCACCAUGAAUCCCAACUAUAUGGAACAUAAGUUCCCGCAAAUCAAGCCGCAUCCAUUCAACAAGGUGUUCCGCAAGGCCCCUCCAGAGGCUAUCGACCUUAUCUCCGCCCUGUUGGAGUACACUCCCACUCAGCGACUGUCGGCGAUCGAAGCCAUGUGCCACCCAUUCUUUGACGAGAUCCGGGAUCCUGCUACCCGACUACCUGACUCGCGUCAUCCCAACAACCCCGCCAAAGAUCUGCCUAACUUGUUCGACUUCUCACGACACGAACUUUCAAUUGCUCCCGAAAUGAACUCCAAAUUGAUUCCGCCCCAUGCUCGCCCAGCUCUGGAAGCACAAGGUCUUGAUAUCAACAACUUCAAGCCGCUUACCAAGGAGGAGAUGAUGGCCCAACUCGACUGA